AUGCAAAGUCGUCAUAAACGCUUACAAAUAUAUAAAGAACUGUUUGGUUAUAUAAAACCAGUUGGUGUGACACUUGGCCAUAAAAAUAUCAGAACAAAGGGAAAAAUUAAACGUGUAAAUAGAGUAGGUUACUUUAUUCCAUUUCUACAAAGUCUGCAAGGAUUCUUAAAUUUGCCUGAGGUACAAAAGUUUGUUGUGAAUCCACACCAGAGUACUGAUAACAUGAUGUACGACAUUUGUGAUGGUAUUGCUAUCCAAAACCACCCUAUAUUUCAAAGAAACCCUCAAGCACUUCAGAUUGUUUUAAACUGCGAUGACAUUGAAAUUGUAAACCCCAUUGGGGUACAUGUCAAGAAACAUAAAUUGUCCAUGUUUUACUGGGUCCUGGGAAAUCUUCCCCCUGAGUAUCGUUCCCGUCUUACUAGUAUUCACUUGCUUGCUGUUGCAAAAACACAAGAUUUGAAACAGGACAAUAUGGGGUGUAAGAAGUUGUUACAAGAUUUUUUGGCUGGUAUAAGAUGCCUUAAAAAUGAUGGUAUACAGAUCAACAUAAAUGGAAGACAACAAACAAUUGAAGGCUUCCUUGCGAUUUUCCCCUGUGAUACCCCUGCAGCACAGUGGUUAGGUGGGUUUAAAGAGGGGGUGGGGUUUGCACUGAAACCAUGUCGGACAUGCAACAUUUCAAAGGAAGAUAUGAAAAUGCAUCUUGAUGAAACUGAAAUCUCAUUAAGAGAUGAACUGGUACAUAAAGAAAGAUGUGGUGAAAUGGAAAAUCUUUCGUCUGCUGCUCUUAAAUACUGGAGCAAAAUGUGGGGCAUUAAUGGUCGUAGUUGCUUGUUCGAUAUUGACUUUCCACUGUGCUCUGCAUUAGUCCAUGAUCCGAUGCAUGUUUUCCUUGAAGGUUUGGUCCCUCUUGAAUUGAAACUAAUGCUGUAUCAGUUCAUUUAUGUGGACAGGUUCUUUACAUUGGAAUGGCUUAAUGGUAAACUUUCAAAUUUUUCAUAUACUUAUUUGGAGACUGACACAAAGGUUGUUGCCCUUGAUUAUACUCACUUCCAUGGAGAACAGAGAAUCAAGCAGACAGCAGCAUCAAUUCAUACCCUUUCUCUUAUCCUACCUUUCAUUGUUGGCCCUUGCAUUCCAAAUGGGAAUAAGAAAUGGUUGAAUUUUCUUUGUUUAGUUAAAAAUAUGCUUCUUUGUGUUAGUCCAUAUGCUGAUCGUAACACUGUUGGGCAAUUGCAACAAAUGAUUUACACUCAUCAUAGCGUAUACAUUGAAGAAUAUCCACGUGCUUCUUUCACACCGAAGAUGCAUUACUGUGUUCACAUGCCAUCUCAAAUUUUAAAGUAUGGUCCUGCUCGUUAUCAUUGGUGUAUGCGCUUUGAGGCGAAACAUACUCAUACAAAAUCAAAAAAAUGGAAAAACUUUAAAAAUCUUCCACUUAGUGUAGCUAUCAAGCAUCAAAUGGUUAUGUGUCACUCACAGGCAAGUAAUAUUAAUAACUGCUUGUAUGAAGGCGAUGAAGUUAAUGAAGGAGCAGAAGUAUUACCACAUGAAAAUUUUCCACAACUAAUUGAAAAAUUGUGUGAUGCAACAAAUUCAAAUGCAUUUAGAGACCCGGCAACAAUUGUGUUUGUGACUGACAGUGUGAAAAUUCACGGCCAUAAAUUUCGCCCAGGAUGUUGUUUGCGUCUGAAUUAUGAUGAAAAUGAAGUACCAAUAUUUGGAAAAUUAACUGAAAUUAUUGUCUUUAAUCAGGAGAAAUUAUUUGUUGUUGAUGUGAUGUCUGUUGAUCAUUUUGAGGAACAAGGACUAUGUUAUAUAUUGGUAGAUUCUGGCAAACAAGCUGUAGUUACAUAUCACAGCCUGAGUUCAAAAUGGCCUUUGAACUUCCACUUAUAUAAUAAACAGUGUGCUGUAAUUAACCAAUACUCUCAUAUUUAA